GAGCAUUCAGCCAGAAGGCGCUGGAUGACGCGGCGGUGGCUGCCGCGGGCACUGGGGCUGGCAAUGAGGUCGCAGCGGGCACGAAGAACACGAUCAAGGCUGGCUUGGUCAUCCAGUACAUGGAUCGUGACCCGAAGGGCAUUUCCAAUAGGAAGGUUCUGGCGUUGCAGGCUCCGCUCCAGCAUUUCCUCAACCAUGUGUUUAGGUCAGAGCAGGUGACUAGUGAGUUUCUCGAUGCUGCUUCCGACGUUCCUGCAGAGGGCCUCAUCGACCACCCUGACGCGGACUCGCUUCGCCAGAAGAUGAUGACAGCUUGCUCGUAUAACUUAGAGGUGCUCUCGGGGGCUCGGGGCGAGCGAGCUGUCCACGCACAGGUCGACGGCCUCAGGGACUUCGCGAACAGCAUGUGGAGCGGCGUCGAGUGGGACAGGCCAGAAAAGUUCAAGACGGCUUGCGAGGUAGUGCGGUCCUUGGCAAUGACGUGGAGGCGCCUGGUGCACUAUUUCGACCAACCGAAGUUCAAGCUUCUGGCAGUGUGCGGGGACCACGUUAGCCCCUCGGACAUCCCCAACAUUGUUGCCCCGCUCAAAGACAUGAGCUGUCGGUGCGACAAGUGUUUGGAAGACUAUUCUCGCGUGUGGUUGGGUCGGCUGUCGUCUGACGAUGAUGCGGUGGUUCUCCGUGCGCGAGAUGCCCUUCGGACCCAAGUGGCAUCGACGCCAGUAUCGAGCGUCUCGGUCGAGAUGAAACAUCUGUUGGGCCAAGAAGUACGAAAGCCUAAGAGUCGUGGCAUGGCGGUCCGUGCCGCGGAGCUUACGCGGAGGACAUACCAUAAGCUUGUCAUCAAGUUGAACCGCAAGCGGACUGACAGAGCUUUGAUGAAGUGGAUGCCGAAUCAGAAGAUCCGCCACAAGUUCGCUCGGCAAGCGAGUUGCUUUUCGCAGCAGAGGCGAGGAGUUCGCGAUAGGAAGCGGGAAGCUAGACGGCGCGUCCAGAGGCGCCGACAAACUGUGACUAAACAGUCUGCUUGGUCGGUGUACCGGAGUACCCAUUGGAACCCAGCUGUUAAGCCGUUCCCAUGUUCAGACCAACGCCGCGCGGAGAAGGCCCGUCUGCGAGCUGAAUUCAUCGCCUUGCCGCCUGCCACCGUCGCGCACUACGAGGCGGUGGCUGAGAGAGGGACCCAGGACAAGCGCCAGCGGCUGGGCGCCGUCCAGCAACAGAGCAGCGCCAACUUGUUCAAUACAGAUGGGGGUCGCUAUUCGACAGGAGUUCAGCGCAAAGUUGCAUUCGAUGAAAUUAUUCGGAGGCUCCGCGAAGAUGGCACGUGGAAGUCUGGGGCUCGGCUGGACGCCCCUUGGCUGCCAUUGCGUCCUGAGUUGGUCGAUUCCGCGUUGUCGUUGGCGGAGUUGGGGAGGAAGUCCGACCGCAUAUUUUGGCAUGGGGAUGAGGCAGUACCAAGCCCACCAGGGACAGCCAUUCCUCAGACGCCAUGCUGUGUGAAGUACGGCGGCCUAUGUGAGACCUCCGACGACGUCCGCGCCGUCAACUUCUUCGUGCAGAACUUGCACGCCAGGGUCUCUGAGAUGAAGCUGCCCCUCCUAGUUGACAUCUGCGGGCCAGGCGGUGUCGGGGAGACGCACUUGCUUGCAGACAAGGUUGGCAAAGGCGAGCUCCAAGUCCUCGUCAAG